AAUUGUCAAAUUGUCAAGACUCAGUCAGGAUGCAUCAAAGCAUUACUCUUGUAGCUCUGAUUCCGGUCGCCCUCGCCAUCGUCUUUGCCAGUCUUUACCAGAGCUGGCGUACAUCAAGAGCCUGGAAUCACAUCCCCACCCACGAUUUUACAGAUGGACGCAAUGACCGAGAACGAUAUAUCAACGACCUCAAGGACUUGCUGGAGUCUGGCUAUCGCAAAUACAACAAAGCCGGCCUUGCGUUCAAAGUGCCCAUUCCAAUCGGUGGCUACUCGGUCAAGUAUCGCGUGGUCCUCCCCAAGGAUCAUCUCGAGGAGAUGAAACAUCUGCCAAACAACAUCUUCAGCUGGGCUUUGGCAUCCGCCGUCAUCUUUGCGCAGGAUUACACGGGCGCUCCUCACCGUGGGCCUUGGUCAGGAAAGGCAUUACGAGUCGGCAUCCAUCAAAACCUCGAGAGCAUCACCAAACAGUUGUCGGAUCGAAUCGACGAAUAUUUCGGAAAGUACCUGCCACAAGACCCGUCGUCGACGACCUCCAUCAACUUCAUGGACUUCUUUGUGCCUGCCAUUGCCAACGUCACAAACGCUCUUCUCUGCGGCGAGGAACUGGCUUCAGACUCAGAAUGGAUCCGACAAACCAUCGAUUUCUCCGUCAACCGCUACAAGUCCGCGGACGAUGUCCGAGCCUGGCCGCCGUUCAUUGCAACUUUUGUUGCACCACUAAUCCCCAGCGUGCGGAGGCUGCGCCAAAGCCGACUGUAUGUCAAGCGACAAUUGACCCCCAUGUACGAAGAUCUCAAGAGCCGCAAUAUGCUAGGCUCAGACGAAAAGGCCAAGCUACGGAAACAGUCAUAUGGAUUUCAGUGGCUCUGGGGUGGUGCGCCAGAAAACAUCACCCUCGAGGAUUUCUCAGACACCAUGAUGAGGACCUUGAUUGCAUCGAUCCACACUACAGCCAAGACCAUGAGCAUUGCACUGAUGGACAUGCUGAGCCAACCUGAAUAUCUAGAGGAAUUGCGUCAAGAAGCUCUCGAUGCUCAAAGGUCAGACGGUAGCAUCAAUAUUGAUGCACUCUUCAAGUUGGAUUGCUUUCUGAAAGAGAUAACGAUGAAUCGGAUUGUGACAAAGCCCUACACUUUCCACACCUCCGGCCUCAGCUUACCCGUAGGAACCAUGACAACGGCAGCCACCGCAGCAAUCGCCACGGACCCCGACACCUUUGGUCGCGAUUCCAACGAUUUCGACGGGCGUCGAUUCGCCAAACUUCGCGAAGGCAACCGAUCUGGCGAAAGCUCCUUCAAAAUGGGUAUGGCCACGGAGGAUUCUUUGGGUUUCGGGCUGGGCAGUCAAGCGUGCCCCGGCCGAUUCCUCGCCGUCAACCAGAUGAAAUUGUACCUGUCGAAGCUGUUGACCCGGUAUGAGCUGACACUCGAAAAGGAUGGGAGGCCAUAUAUAGGCGGGAGGCCGAAAUACAAGUAUUACGACUUCUCCGUGGUGGCACCUAGCGAAUUCGGCAUGAGUUUGAAGAAGCUAUAG